UCGCUCACAUUCUUCAGUCUGGCCGAGCACUUGUUCGCGAUAGAAAACAUUUGAAAUUAACAUUAUUAGUUGAGAAAACAUUCACAUAAACAUGUCCAGGCUACUUUGGAAGACAUUGCGGUCAUCGGCAAAGCUCCAUUCGUUCAAUUCAUUUCCUUCAAUUGCAGCAUCAGAAUUGACCAAUUCAAGUUCAAUAAGAUCAAUACAACGCUGGGUGGCACCAACAAUUGCUGAAUUAAAUCGGCGUAAAAGAAUAUAUGCCGAUAAAUUGCCACAAGUUCACAAGCGUUCAAGUUUCAUCGAUUGGAAUUUCAAAGCCGAAAUCUAUUCGUAUGGCAAGCGAUUGAAUGAGAAUUUCGAUUUGGCGCUGUUAGAACGUGCAUUUGUACAGCGAUCGUAUGCAAUUCAGGAGGAGCUUCGUUGGGAAAAGCUUGGCAUUGAGAAAGAUGAAAUGGCAAUCAUACAAGACAAUCGUGAAUUGGCUGACAAAGGAUUGAAACUAGCAAAAAACUAUGUGGAUAACUUUUUACGUUAUCAUUUGCCACAGUAUCCAGACGAAGGAAUCGCCGUGCUAUUAAAUUAUUUACUAUCGACCGAGAAAUUGGCAUAUAUUUCACAGAAUUUAGGUUCAAAAGAAAUUAUAUUGGCCGCUGAAUAUCCACCAUCCGAAGAAUCAUUGGCACAAACACUGCUGGCCAUCAUCGGUGCAUUGGAAGAAUCACAAAUAGAUGGAAAUCUUGAACGCCCGUAUAAUUUUGUGCGUGACUUUAUUUGCACACAUUUGAAUCAAGUCGAUAUCAAUGAAGUGUGGAAAAUUGAGAAUCCGUUUGAGUUGCUGAAACAAGUUUGUGCACAGAAAAAUAUCAAAAACAUUGAACCACGAAUCAUUGGCGAUUUGAGUAAAAAUGAUAUUUUAUCGUGUUGUCGAAUUGGCCUUUAUGAUAGUGAUACAAAGAAAUUACUGGGCACCGGCUAUGGAGAUACAUACCAUAAUGGCAUUGAAACCGCUUCAAUUGAUGCUCUUUCGAAAAUCUUUGGAACAUUCAAUUUAAAACCAUUCAACUAUGAAAUCACACCGGCCGAACUGUUCGAAGCGCAGCAAAGCAAAUCAAGGCAAAUCGCCAAUUAGGAUAUAGAUCAACAACUGAAAAUUGUUUAAAAAUUUAUUGUUCGUUUAACAUCAAAACCAAAAUAGAAUAAAAAACAUACGUGAAAAAUGAAAAUUGUUAAAA